UAAACAAAAUCGAUAUAGGUCUAUUUGCCUUUGUUUAAACCUUUCUUUUAAAUUUUAUAUGUCUUUUAAACAUUUCUUCGGACUGGACAUUUCACACUUAACUAAGAAUUAAGAAAUACAAAUUGAUAUGUUGGAAAUCAGCCGGCACGAUUGGAACAAAGAAUAACAAAACGGAAGAUGGAAGUGUACGCUCAGCCACUUAGCAGAGUCAUAUACGGGCAAAACAAAUUGUUGUCAUUGAACACAUCGCAGAGAGCUUUGUACUUUAAAUAUGCUACAAGAAUCAACGCUUUCCUUGCUGGGAUAACUGCCGACAUUCUGCGCAUGCGCUUGAAGCAAGCGGCAGAUGAAUGUUUCAUGUCACUGAAGAACUUCUUUGACUGUCACAGAAUAAAUAUCGUAUUAGCUCUAAACCAUAGUCGGAACCUCCUAAAUUUGGUUUACCCUCCUAAUGAAAUCUCGCCAAAUCUCGCGGCUUGGAAUACGAAACUGCUGUGUAUUGUUCUUCGCGCCACAAACUGUCUCAAUGUGCGCGAGCAGGAUGAUGUUAUAUACAUUGCAAAAGUCAACAGACAAUACUUCAACAGAAUACAACUGAAAAUCGAAAAUGGGACGAUCACGAAAAAAGGGCAUAUGGCAAAGCGCGAAUGGAUCCGAACUUGCUCAGCAGUUCAAAGGAUGGUUGAAGUCGUGGAUGAUGCGCGUUUAAUGAAAGAACUCAGAAACUUUAUUUGCAAAGUUGAAAUGGAGGAAAAGACAUUGAAAGCGAGACAAGACACGCAGUUCAGGCUUAAGAGUUUGCUUUCAGAAAUUGUUGCUGAUAAUUCAUUGUUAAAACGCAACGAGAAAAAUUUGAACGGCGAGGCAAAACAAACAGUAAAAAGGCAACUUCCAGGAGUACCUUCAAAACGAAAACAAAAGACUGUUCAAAGACCACAGUCAGCAGGUGCUCGGCUGAGCAUGGGCUGGGUUCAUGAUGAAAAAGUAGACUUUGAUUUAAAACAUCGCGAGUCAAGUGAAUCCAGACUAACGUCUGCUAACAAAUCUGAUAUGUCUGCUUCUCGAAAAAGAAACACGGUUUACACAAAAACCUGUCACAAUGUAGCUAAUUCAUCUGAAAGAAAAGGAACUGCAACAGAAAAACUGAAUGCGGAUACAUCUAUAGAAGAUAAAUUAUUUGACCGCAAAGCGGGUGCACGGAAUGAAUGCAUAAAAGAUGCAAAUAAGAAGAAAGACAAAGUUGGAAAGAGACCAUUGUCUGCAACUGAGAGAAAUACUACCAGAGCAACUACAUGUGUUAACAAUAGACGGCCAAAGUCAGCAUCCAACACACCAAAAACAGUGGAAAAGACCUGUCAAGGUUCCAAUGUUUUCAGAGUUAAGAAUACUCUUUUUCAGAGGGAGAUGUCCAUAUGCUCACGUCCCGGUAGUGCCAAAGAUAAUAGACCAACCGCACAAGUACUAAAGGUGCAAUGGCCACCAAAACAACCGGAAAGUAAGCAAAGAAGUGAAAAUGGAAACGCUGCGUUAGUGAAAAACGCAAAUGUGUCCCGAAAGGUUUCUAACAAUGGAAGGCCAAUACAGCGCGAACAUUCAAAGCUGAAUUUGAAAGGAAGUCUUCCGACUUCAAGUAGAAGGCCGAUAUCUGCACGUUCUAAUAAGAAUUUGAAGAAAAGGAUAAAUGAAAACUCAAAACAAACUGUAAAAGAGACAGUCAUAUGCGUGCCAACUGCCGAGCCUGAUCGUCUCGAAAAUGCAAACGACACAAGUGAUAGCAAGCAUAUUCAUAAGAAAAGCCUCAAAAACAAAAAGCGUACAAAGAGAACAGAAGAGGCGCAUAAACAAACUGAUAGGAAGGAGAAUACUGCAUUGGAAGAAACAGCAAUAGAAAAACAAAUCGACCUAGAUAACUGUCCUACACAGUUUUACAGUGGAGAAAACAAUAACUCAGCAGAAGAACAGAAGGUCAAAGACAAACGAAGACUUUUCGACGAUAACAUGAAGAAAAUUGCAAACGAAGUGCUUGUUCAUCAGCGGAUACACGAAGCUGCAAAAAAUCCGCUCCUGCAAGACAAAGAAUUUGUUGAUGAAUUCUUCUCAUUUUUGAACGAAAAUCACGUGACAAAGAAAUUUCUGCGCACGCAGUCUACAGAGCCACAUCAAUCCUGGAAACUACACAAUGGCAAGCAUGCAAACUUCUCAUUCUUCGUGGCUUUUGUGUUUAGACAUGUUGAAAAUAAAGAUCUAAAUAUGGUUUCCUAUGUUGUUGAAAAAAUGCUGCUGCGAAUGAGGUGUAAACAUAGUGUGCAGGAGAAGUCUGGUGAUAGAGAAUCCAGCUCGGCUAAAAGUGGACUCGUUGAUAUGGACAAAAGUUGUGUACAGACAGGUACGGGAAAUAGUGGUUUGACAUCUGAAAACAAAAGGAGGUCCUACAAAGAAUUCUCAAGUUCUAUGAACAACGGGCACAUGUUUUCUGGCGAACGCCAUAGAAAAACCACUAGGGCACGAAGUGCAUCAAGAGAGAGAAGUUGUACAGCAGCAAAGCCAACAAAGAGAAGCCGGAGUGCGUCCAAGAGCAGAGCUCGACCUGAAAGCGGAGAAGAAAUGCCUAAAUUAUAUAGAAGUACGUCUAUUACAGAUAACCAGUGUUGGAAAUGUCUGCAGAAAGAUGUGGCUUUGACAGCGUGUGUUAACUGGAGCAACAGGUGUCUUUGUGAUUUGUUAAUCGCGGAGGGCGUUCCAUAUAAGGAUGAACAUCUUUCUGCAGCUGUGAAGGCAAACGAUUUGGUAACACUUGUGAAAAUUGUUUACUUUUUGAGGUAUCAUGGCAUUUGGGAUGCCUCAAACAGAGAGGCCAGAAAUGCAUUGUUUUUGGCAAAGAAACAUAAAAUGCUGAAGACAGUAGAAUUCCUUACCGAGGAAGGUGUACAGGACGACAGAAUUGUAAACCACACUGCAUGUACUCCGUGUUUUAUUGCUUAGCCCUUACCAUGCUAAAUUUCUAUAAUGAACGUGUCCAUCUUCCAAUUUGGACAGUACCAUUAACUGUUGAAAGGGGUGCUUACCAAAAAGAUACUGACUGCAUAGCGAACAGUGCAGAUCUUGAUCAGACUCCACGGAAGUGCAGGCUGAUCAUGAUCUACACUGGUCGCAAAGGCAGAAUCAACUAGUCUUGUCCAGCAUGAUAAGGCUUAACAAUACUAGUGUUGAACUGUAAGAGGGAAAAAUCAUGUUUUUUUUUUGUCAUAUCGCUUGGGAAUACACUAGCUGGAUGUGAAAGGAAUGUUGACAACAAACGAGGCUGUUGUUUUAGCACGGUAUUGGCCUUCAGAGAAACAAGAGGAAAUAAUGGCAAUCUACAGAAUGUAAAGUUAGAAAUGUGCAAAUAUACAGAGAAAUUUAGCUUUGCGAUAUUUACAUUCUUGAAUUUCAUUUUGAUUUACAAAAUGAACCUUCGAUUAACAUAUUCGGUAA